AUGGGUUUAUUGGCUUUGAAACAGCUUCAGGAGAUAAUUCAGAUAAGACUUGAAAAGGUGCAGCAUCCAGUUCGUCCCGGUGCCGCAGAUUGUAAGCAUUAUCUAAGAACUGGUCAGUGUGGCUAUGGAAGUAACUGCUACUACAAUCAUCCUCCUCCUCUUCUUGCACCGGAGCUUCCAGAGAGAAUUAACAUUGAUAUUCAGGCAAAGGCCACACCUUUGGAAUUGAGAGCUGAUGAGAGGAGAGACGAAACAGAGCCAAUUUCUAUGGCAAAGAAGAGGCUUCAUGAGAAAACUCAUGAAACGGUGCAGUAUCCAGUUCGUCCCGGUGCAGUAGAUUGUAAGCAUUAUCUAAGAACUGGCCAGUGCGGCUAUGGAAGUACUUGCUACUACAAUCAUCCUCCUCCUCCUCGUCUUGCACCGGAGCUUCCAGAGAGGAUUAACAUUGAUAGUCCGGCCAAGGCCACACCUUUGGAGUUGAGAGCUGAUGAGAGGAUAGACGAAACAGAGUCAGGUUCUAUGGCAAAGAAGAGGGCGAGAACUAUUCCGGAUUCUCCAGAAUAUGUAGGUGAUGAUGCAUUUGCGGGAUACAAGCCAGUGAGGUUUGUGGAGGGAGAAGAGAAUAUUGGGUGGCAGAGGAUGGAAGCUGAAGAGAUUGUGGAGGAACAGAGAGAGAGACAGAGCAUUUUGUUGCAGAGGAGACUAGCUCAAGAUAAUGUGCAGAGAGAGAACAUUGAGUUGUUGCAAAGGAGAGAGGCUGAAAAAGAGACUGUGGAGGAACGAAGAUUGAGGGAGAUGCACCCUCAAGUUCUGGAGAAUGCAGAGGAAGAGAGACGGAGAGAUAUUCAGAGGCAGAGAAAUGAGGCUAAACUGAGACUAGACCAGGAUAUUGAGGAACGGAGACAGAGAGAGGCUGAAGAGAGACGGAAAGAUAUUGAGAGACAGAGGAGGGAGUUUCGUAUGAAACUUGAGCAGAUGACACCCACUGUUAAGUUCAAUGAAGCGAUUGAUAUCGGAGAGCUGAUGGGUUUUAAAGAGGGCAAUGGGAUUUAA